ACGCGCUACAAAAUGGCCACCGCCGAGAUAGCUAUACAAGCCCCUGGCUCUACGCUUUCCCCAUCCAGAAACAGGGCUGUUUCGCAAGAUGGACCCUACGAGAUGGACAUCUCGCCCAUUCCAAAAGCAAAUCCUGCUCCUACUACCGACGAGGCCGAACCUCAAGCGACAGACCCAGAAAUCGCCCGGACAAACAUCCAUUGGAAGGCCAAAUGGCAGCUGGUCAGCGCAUGUCUCAUGAGUCUCGGAAAUGGAAUGAACGACAGUGCCCCUGGUGCUCUGCUUCCAUACAUCGAAAAGGAUUACAGUAUCGGUUACGCCACGGUCUCGCUCAUCUUCAUUGCCAACGCCGUAGGCUUUAUCCUUGCGGCUCCGGUCUCGCACAGUAUCAAUGCAAAGCUCGGCCGCUGCAAAAGCUACGCGCUUGCUACAGGCUUCACUACUGCGGGUUACGUGAUUAUUGCCUGCCAUCCGCCAUUCCCUGCGGUCGUGGUUGCAUUCACCGUUUUAGGGUUCGGUCUGGCGCUGACUCUUGCGUUCAAUAAUGUCUUUUGCACAAACCUUCCCAAUGUGACUACAGCCUUGGGGUGCUAUUCUGGUGCCUAUGGAAUCGGCGGUGUUGUCUCACCCUUGUUCGCAACAGCCAUGGUGUCAAGUGGUGUCCAGUGGUCGUUAUUCUAUACCAUAACCCUGGCGGUAUCUGUCCUCAACAUGGUAUUCGCCUGCUGGGCAUUCUUCAAGUUCGAGGACAAUGCACCAAAUCUCGUCCAAACCAACACCAGACAAGACGAACAUCCUACCCGCCGUGAAGUCCUCAAAAACUCCCUCAAAAACCGCACCACCAUCCUCGGCGCCCUCUUCAUCUUCGCCUACCAAGGCGCCGAAGUCUCCGUCUCCGGCUGGGUCGUCUCCUUCCUAAUAGCGCACCGCUCCAGCUCACCCUCCCAAAUCGGCUACGUCAGCUCCGGCUUCUGGGCAGGCAUCACCCUAGGCCGCUUCCUCCUCGUCUAUCCCUCCCACCGCAUCGGCGAGAAAAUCGCCGUCACAAUAAUGACCGUCGGCGCCAUCGCCUUCCAACUCCUCACCUGGCUGAUCCCCAACGUAAUCGGCGAGGCUGUGGCAGUCGCAAUCCUAGGCGUGCUUCUAGGCGCAGUAUACCCUUGCGCCAUGGCAAUAUUCGCAAGAUUACUACCGCGGAAGAUCCAAUUAUCGAGUCUGAGCUUUGUCAGUGCCCUUGGCAGUAGCGGGGGUGCAGUAUUCCCGUUUAUGACGGGGCUGAUGGCGCAGAGUGCGCGAGUUGGACUUGGGACUGUUGUGCUGCAUCCGAUUUGUUUGGUGUUGUAUGGGGUUAUGGCGGCGAACUGGGUGUUUCUGCCGAGGGUCAUGAAGAGAAGCGAGUAAUGUUGAUAUUGGUGUUGUGAUGGUGCGUAGGAGAAUGUCCUGUAGCCCUGUUUAUGGAAGGUGUUGCCUGGUUGUUCUUUCCUGAUAUAUUGAAAAGUUGCAUGGAAAGUGGUUUGGCAGAUGAGGAAAGCGCGAUUGCCAGUUACAUGAGGCAAGUGCAGCCCGACCUGGGAUUCUGUUCAUACGGAAACUACGACAUGACUGAAUCGAGCUUUCCUUGUUGAGGAGAACAUAUUGGGAAAGUACGAUCGCAUCGUUGCAGUGAAUGCGGCAGGUGCGGCCUGCGAAUGGGUUGUGCAAGUGUUAUUGCAAGACAAGUGUAUGGUUAUUCUAUUGAUAAUUAAGUAUA